GAGCCAUUAUGGGAAUGGCCUUUUCACCCAACAAUGGGAUAUUGCGGGCCAGUUUGGAGAAAGGACAGACCUCUUACAAACAGUUUUUCAAGAAAACUUGAAUAUUAGGCUUGAUUAUGCUGGCCGCGUCCGCUGGUUUACCGGAGGAAAGACCCAAUUUUUAGAAAUAAUUAACUUACUUUUGCCAGAAAAAUAUAACACUUUUAUUGAACCUUUUGCCGGUGGCGGUGCUGUCUUUUUAAGUAUUCAACCUAAUAAAGCAGUCAUUAAUGAUAUUAAUUGCGAAUUAAUAAUAACUUAUCAAACAAUAAAAAAACAACCUAAACAACUCCUAAAACUUUUAGGAGAAUACGAAAAAAACCACAGCAAAGAUUUUUACGAAACUUUACGAAGCCAAGAACCGAAUAAUUUAACUGAAUUAGGAAUUGCUGCCCGCUUUAUUUAUCUUAACAAAACUGGCUAUAAUGGAUUAUAUCGGGUCAAUAGUCGGGGGGGCUUUAAUGUGCCGUGGGGAAAAAGAGACAAAGCAAAAUUGUUUGAUCGAGAAAAUAUUUUAGCCAUUAGUGAAUAUUUAAAUAAGAAUGAAGUUGAAAUUUUAAACCAAGAUUAUCAAAAAUUAUUGCCUCUAAUUAAAGAGAAUGAUUUUUUAUUUGUUGAUCCGCCUUAUGAUGAUGAUGGUUUUGGUUUUUUUACUGCUUAUACUGCUAAUGGCUUUACGCGGGAAAAUCAAAAGGAAUUAGCCCAAUUCUUAAAAAAAUGUGAAAAACAAGGAGCAAAAUGGUUAUUAACUAAUCAUGCGACUGCUUUUAUUAAAGAUUUAUACCAAGACUACUGA